AUGCUUACUGAACCGACAGGACUUGUUCAAAAAGUUUUAAUUUAUUCAGGGCAAGGUACUGAUGUAUCAUUGUCUCAAUCACACACAGAAUAUGUAGUAAAUAAACUAAUGGAAAACCAUCUUUACAAAGGCCAUUCGUUAUACAUGGAUAAUUACUAUAAUAGUGUCGAUUUAGCGCAUAAACUAUUGGAAAAAAAAACAUAUUGCACAGGAACACUUCGAAGCAAUCGAAAAAAAAAUCCUACUGACGUAAUAAAAAAAAAGCUUAAUAAAGGAGAAUCUAUUAGUAAGUACACAAAAGAUGGCGUGUGUGUAACAAAGUGGAAAGAUCUACGUGAAGUUUUGACUAUAAGUUCUGAAUACAAUGGCGAAUUGAUCGAAGCAACUAAUAGACGUGGUAAUGUAAAACUUAAACCUAACCAAAUUGUCCAAUAUAAUAAAUUUAUGUCCGGUGUUGAUCGACAAGAUCAGAUGAUGGCAUAUUAUCCGUGUGAACGUAAGACAUUACGUUGGUACAAAAAAAUUGGCAUCCAUUUUAUACAAAUAUGUAUGCUGAAUUCAUACUUGAUUUAUAUAAAAAAUAUUAAAAAAAUGAGUUAUUAUGAUUAUCGUUUAUCUGUAAUAAACAGUUUACUUUCAUUUAAAUCAAAUACUCCAUCACCGCAAGUUCCAAUAUUAAUCAGACCCGAACAUUUACCUACAAAAGUGGAGAAAAAUAAAAAAAACAGACCUAUUCGAAAAAGAUGUCGAGAGUGUGCUAAAGAAGGAACUAGAACAGAAACAACUUAUUUUUGUUCACAAUGUGACGGACAACCAGGACUAUGUUUGGAACCGUGCUUUUUGAACUAUCAUAAACGACAGUGA